AUGAAACACCUCAUUGUCUUCCUCUGCUGUAUUCUCCCUGCCAUAAGCGCCAGGGUCAGCCAGACCCUGCGCUUCACCUGGGAAGAAGGCGCCCCAAACGGACAGUCUCGCCAUCUCAUCUACACCAACGGGCAGUUCCCUGGUCCGCCGCUGAUCUUGGAUGAAGACGACGAGGUCGAGAUUACAGUCAUCAAUGACUUGCCUCGGAACACUACUGUCCACUGGCACGGUUUGACUCAACCCGGAACCCCCUGGUCAGACGGGGUUAUUGGCCUCACCCAACAGCCAAUUCUACCCGGGGAAUCGUUCAUCUACCGGUUCACGGCCACCCCCCCCGGGACGCACUGGUAUCACUCGCACGAGCGCAUGUCGCUUGUCGAUGGGCUGUACGGCGCCAUCUUCAUCAAACCAAAGCAUGCGCAGACCGACCUGUGGGCGCAGAUCAGCCCUGACCCGCUGGAGAUCCAAGCCAUGGCCCACGCGGCGGCCAAUCCGCAAUUAAUCGUCGUGUCUGACUGGUCGCAGUAUGUGUCGGAAGAGUACUGGAAGGCCAACGAAGAGUCGGGGCUAUUAGUUUUCUGCGUGGAUAGCAUCCUGGUCAACGGAGUAGGGGCCGUGUUCUGCCCCCCCCUCGACUUCCUCGACAACCAGACCGAGCCGAAUGUACGGCGAACAGCAUUUGGCCCUGAUGAUCAUGUCACCGACAAGGGAUGUCUGCCCUUCCUGGUCCCUAUUGAAGGCGGGCCCUGGAACUACACGUACCACCCGGAGAAGAUCCCACCCCGGAUGCAGGAAGGAUGUGUACCGUCUCCAGGGCAGAACGCAAGCAUCCAAGUCGAUCCCGCCGACGGGUGGGUGAGUCUGAACUUUGUUGCGGCGGCGACCACCGUGCAGUUUGUGGUUUCGCUGGACGAACAUGAACUCUGGCUGUAUGAGAUGAACGGACACUACGUCCGCCCGCGGCCGUUUGUCGCAGCCGUCAUGUCUGCCGGGGAGACUUUCUCCGUGCUCGUCAAGCUCGAUCAACCGGCUGGCAGGUAUACCCUGCGGAUCCCAGACUCGGGGGGCACCCAGGUGAUUUCUGCAUUUGCAGAGAUUGUCUACAAGGGAGCUGAUGAUGAAGAUUCCUCUUCUUCUCCGUGGUUGUCGUAUGGCGGUCUCGCGCUCUCCGAAGAAAUCCAUAGCAGGACCUUUGCUCCAUGGGGAGGCGAUGAUGGAAUGACCCCCUGGCCGUCUGUAGGACCGUACGCCGGUCCAGCAGAUGAAGAGUAUCUGUUGGUGAUGGGUCGAGUGGACUCGGCAUACAACUACACCAUGCGGACGCAUUAUCUGUACCCGCCCAGCUUCCAGGCCGACAGUCCCUUACUCUUCAAUCCGAAUGCCACGGUCGGCACCGAAGAUGAACACCUGGUGAUCCGGACCAAGAACGGUUCCUGGGUUGACUUGAUUCUCGAGGUGUCGACUCUUCCAGGCGACCAGGCGGCGUUCAUGCACUUUAUGCACAAACAUGGGAGUCGGACCUGGCGCAUCGGUCAGGGCCAGGGCCGCUGGAACUAUUCCAGCGUCGAAGAAGCGCGCGCGGAGCGUCCCCAGGACUUCAAUCUUGUGAACCCGGGCUAUAGAGAUACCUGGCUCACCCAGUUCUCUCCUGGAGGCGGCUACUGGAGCGUGUUGCGCUACCAGGUCGACAAUCCGGGGCCCUGGCUCUUCCACUGCCAUGUCGAGCUGCAUCUCAUGGGCGGCAUGGCGCUGGCAAUCCUUGACGGCGUCGAUGUCUGGCCGCAGGUUCCGCCAGAGUACCGUCUGGGAGGGAAUGGCUAUCAUUCUGAGCAGAAUUGGGGGAGCAGAGUUUCUCUCCAGCUUUGGGGAUAUGCAAAGCAAUGGUUAUUGUUUUGGGGUUAG